AUCAACUUUUCCUUUUCGGCCCUCUGGGGUCUUCCUUGUUCUGCCAGGCAUGGUCGCAAACCGCCACUUGCCUGUGUCUCCUUGGGGUCCGGCCGGCGCUGGGGGCCAGGGACCGCCGUGGGAACUGGGAGAAGAGCUCCCGGAGCCGUCUCCGCAGCCGCCAGCCUCGGGUCCCGCCGGCUACCCGCAGAAACUGGCCGAGGUGCUGAGCAGCCAGUACGGGCUGAAUGUGUUUGUGGCUGGGUUGUUGCUGAUGUUCGCCUGGGCAGUGCACGCCAUGGGCAUCGGCAAGGGCGACCUUCUCUCCUACGUCAUUACCCUCAUGCUCAUCCAGCUCCUGUGGAUGCUGUGGUACGUGGCUCGGAGCUACACGCAGCGAAGGCUCAUUCGGGAGAAGGACACUCACGCGGGGGCCCGCUGGCUGCGGGGCAGUAUCACGCUUUUUGCUGCCAUCACCAUUGUUCUAGGUUGCUUUAAAGUUGGAUACUUUAUUGGAUUUGCAGAAUGUUUAUCAGCCACAGAAGGAGUCUUUCCAGUUGCUCAUUCCAUCCACACUCUCUCACAGGUAUAUUUCCUUUGGGGGCACGCAAAGGAUAUUAUCCAGUCUUUCAAAACAUUUGAAAGGUUUGGCUUGAUCCAUUCUGUAUUCACAAAUUUGCUUCUCUGGGCUAAUGGUGUCCUGAAUGAGUCAAAGCACCAACUCAAUGAACAUAAAGAAAGGCUGAUGACUCUUGGCUUUGGAAACAUAACAAUAGCCUUAGAUGACCACACACCUGAAUGUAAUUGUACAUCCGUCGUCCUCUGCUCCAAAAUCUCACAAGGAAUAUACUAUCUUUAUCCUUUCAAUAUAGAGUAUCACAUCUUAGCCUCCACAAUGUUCUAUGUCCUGUGGAAAAACACUGGACGCAAAGUUGAAAGUCACCAACAUCCAAAAAUCCAGUUUAAGUUCCAUGGUGUGAUGAUGGGCACAGUUGUUGGUCUGACAGUGCUGGUCACCACCAUCGCUGUUGUUGUAGUCUACUUGAUCCAAAUCGGGCGUUCAAAGACAAAGAGUGAGUCUGCACUCAUCAUGUUUUAUGUCUAUGCUACGGUCUCAUUGAUGGUGAUGAUCAUAGCUGGCAUUGUAGGGGUCUGGAUUUAUAGGACGGAAGAGACAUCAUUGGAUGAGUCCAAAAAUCCUGCCCGGAAGCUCGACUCAGACCUCUUGAUAGGAACUGCCUCUGGGUCCUGGCUUAUUUCUUGGGGCUCCAUCCUGGCCAUUAUUUGUGCCGAGAAACAUCCUGCAUACACAUGGUAUAACUUGCCUUAUUCUAUUCUGGUGAUUCUGGAGAAAUAUAUUCAAAACCUUUUCAUCAUUGAAUCCAUACACCGCAAGCCUGAGAAAUACAGUGAGGACAUCAGGACUCUUAGGGUAGUGGCCAUAUGCAAUAGGAACUCCACUUUGCUCACUCCUUCAUGUCAAAAGAGUUGUGGGAUGGCAGGAGAUGCUGCUUCCAAUGGCAGAGAAUUGUCGUUCAUGCUCAAUGGAAAUAUUUGCUUGAGAGAAGACUAUGUGACGGAUGACAAAGAACCGAGUCAUGAAAAUAACCCAGGGAUGGACUGCAGUCCAAGUUCCUUGCCAGCUAACACCAAGAGAAAAAUCCUGAGGAAUAUCGCAGCCUUUUUGUUCCUCUGCAACAUUUCGCUUUGGAUCCCACCCGCCUUUGGAUGUCGUCCUGAGUAUGACAAUGGAUUGGAAGAAAUUGUUUUUGGAUUUGAACCUUGGAUAAUCGUGGUUAACCUUGCAAUGCCCUUUUCUAUUUUCUACCGGAUGCAUUCAGCUGCCUCUCUAUUUGAGGUCUAUUGUAAGACGUAGACUCCUUGGUCCCGGGAAUGGAUGGAAGAACAAACAAAUCCGAAAAUUCAUUCUCUUGUCGAGAACCAACAGGUUCUGCAAAUAUUAUGUUAGCAAACAAAGGGACAGUAAAUAGAUUGUUAUUGGCUUUCUGAAUUUUAUAUUCAUUUAUUGUAUUUGCUGUAUUUUUAGAGAAACUUUUCUAUCCUCAUUAGUAUUCAAAUUUUUGAUGACUAAAAUCCACAAGAUUUGGAUUUUUAAAAGAAUGAUGAAAUCACAUUAAAUUUUUUCCUGGUUCAAUUUCCUUUAGAAAUAUUUUCAUUGUAUAGCACAUAUAUCUUAUAAUUGGAGAAUAUAUUACUAGCUUGGAAAGCUUUAUAUUUAAUUUUUGAACAGAUGAAAUGUUAUUUGUAAUUUUCUAAAGUGUAAUUUGUACACACAUAGAUCCUGAUAAUACAGGAAUUAUUACUGAUAGAAUUUGUGCACAUUUUUUCUUAUAAACAUUUUGGAUUUUUAUAGCCUUUAAAAUUGACUAUUUCUAUGUUGUAAUAAAGUUAGUUCUUUGCCUGUAAGUUGGCAUUUUUUCAAGUCAAUUUAAUUCAUUUCAACCGAACCAACAAUAAUUUAGGAAGGAAGGAAAUAAACAAUUAUUUAGCACUUACCAUGUGCUAAGCAUUUUAAAAAUAUGAGCUUAUUUAUUUAAUCCUCACAACAACUCAGGAGAGGUAAGUGCUAUGAUUCCCAUUUUAUAGAAGAGGAAACUGAGGCAAAGAGAGGUUAAGUGGUUUAACCAGUGACUUCCACAGCAAUUAAGUGUCUGAGGCCAUAUUAAAACUUGGGUCUUCUUAACCCUUGGCCUUGUACUCUAUUGACUAUGCCAUCAGCUGUCUGUUUCUUAAAAAUUUAUUAAAUUUAUUUUUUUAGAAUACUUUUCCAUGGUUCCAUGACUCAUGUUCUCUCCCUCUUCUCUUCCCUCCCCCCUCUCAGAGCUGACAAGCAAUUCCACUGGUUUAUACACACCUUAUUUCUCAAAUCCUAUUUCCAUAUUAUUCAUUUUUGUAAGAAUAAUCUUUUAAAACCCCAACCCCAAAUCAUCUACCCAUAUA